CCAACUUCUCUCGAAGUUUCUUUUGCUUUAUAUCUUCUCUCUUGUUUCGCAGAUUUCAACCCCAAGAUAUUUUCUCUCUCGGAAACCCUAAUAACAUCAACGGCGAAGAACGAAAACUAGUGUUUCGAAGUACAUUUGAGUUUUGUUCUUGCCGUUUGUUCUUCGUUUCUAGUUCAGAAAGGCUAUGAGUUUUUUGUAGUUUUGUGAAAGAGGCGACUGAGAGGGAAGUAUUUUGGACGGCUGAGAUGGAUCGGGAAGGAGGAUCUCACGGCGGAUCUUGUUAUUACUCCGUUCUUGGAAUUCGUAAGGACGCCUCUUUCUCUGAUAUACGGACUGCUUAUCGAAAGCUCGCUAUGAAAUGGCAUCCGGACAGAUGCGCCACAAACCCAGGGAUUGCCGGCGAAGCCAAACGCCGGUUUCAGCAAAUCCAAGAAGCUUAUUCCGUUCUCUCCGAUCAGAGCAAGCGGUCAAUGUACGACGCCGGUCUCUACGAUCCCUUCGAAGAAGAAGACCAAGGCUUCUGCGACUUCAUGCAGGAGAUGAUAUCAAUGAUGAAUAAUGUGAAGGACGAGGGGGAUAGUUUUGAGGAUUUGCAAAGGAUGUUUGCGGAUAUGAUAGGCGGAGACGACAAGAACACCGAUCCAACGGUGAAGAAGAAAGCACGUGUCACGGCACCUAAAGGCAAUGCCGCUAGAAGGUACAGUUCUCGGUGUUGACGCGUGGUGAACUUAAUUUCAGGGUUAAUUUCUUUCAUUUUAUG